GUAGGGAAAAGAGAGAGACAGAGAGAGAGAGAGUUUGUGUGUGUGUGUGGGGGUGUGUUGCUUGGACAGACGCAGUGAAAACGUUCCCGUUUUCUUCUCUUCUCGCUCACACACGCAGUCUCGAGGGCUCUUUCACCGACACACACGGAGUGUGAUUCUAAGCACGGGGCUCUUCCCGGUGUAACGAAUGUCUGAAGGGAAAUCAAUACCUCAGCCACGGUGACCUGCACGAGAUCAACGGGGGGGAAAAACGAAUGCCGCUUCCUCUGCGCGUGCUGUGAAUUAAAUAUUACAACAGCCAAUCACUCACCUCACCUCGCGCUGAGUCUAAUCUCACCUGGUGUAAACGUGUGUGUGUGUGUGUGUGUGUGUGUGUGUGGGAGUUGGAGAGUGUGUAUGUGUGUGUGUGUGUUCGCCAAAGGGUCGUUAGGAGGUUUUUUUCUUGGGGUUUAACCGUCCAUGCAUCGCUUCACACUGGGGAUUACCGCACUGCAUGCCGCGGCCAUGUGGAAGAACUUUGUCCCGCUCUAGCCCCAGUGUCCAUCUACCAGCCCUGCGGAACCUUCCUCACUCUCUUUCCGCCCGGCCGCUGUCAUCCAGACCUGCGGAACCUUCCUCACUCUCUUUCCGCCCGACCGCUGUCAUCCUGACCUGCGGGUUUGUUCUGACAUGUGAUUUACAUACUUAAAUAAAAAGCCAGGAGAAAACACAUAAAAGAAACAAACAGAGAGAGAGAGAGAGAGUUGGAAUCCUCCGCGUCGUGGGAUUUUACUCCUCCUGUGGAUUAGAACUAUACGGGCGACUCCUCGGUCCCUCUCCUCCGGUAGGCUACUAAAACCAGUCCACUGCAGUGGAUAAUGUCUCUAAAGUCGAGCCUCGCUGCUCCGGCCCCUGCCUCAGCUCUGGGUCUGUGUCGCUGUCUGCUGGUUGUCCUGGUGGUCCUGGAGCUGUCCGGCAGGGCAGAGGGCCAGCCAUGCCCGGCGCAGUGCUCCUGUUCCGGCUCUACUGUGGACUGUCACGGCCAGGGGCUCCGCGUCGUCCCCAGGAAUAUACCCCGUAACACAGAGAGACUGGAUCUGAACGCUAAUAAUCUGACGAAAAUCACAAAGGCCGAUUUCGCUGGACUGAGGAAUCUGCGCGUGCUUCAGUUGAUGGAGAAUAAGAUCAGUCUAAUAGAGAGAGGAGCCUUCCAGGACCUGAAGGAGCUUGAGAGACUGCGUCUGAACCGGAACAGUCUCCAGGUGUUUCCAGAGCUUCUGUUCCUGGGAACACUGAAACUCUACAGACUGUAAGUUCCGGACGAUUCUAUCGAUCCCUCCAUCUAUCCCUCUACCUAGCAGAAUGUGCCAGACAGACUAGCUAGCAGAAUGUGCCAGACAGACUAGCUAGCAGAAUGUGCCAGACAGACUAGCUAGCAGAAUGUGCCAGACAGACUAGCUAGCAGAAUGUGCCAGACAGACUAGCUAGCAGAAUGUACCAGACAGACUAGCUAGCAGAAUGUGCCAGACAGACUAGCUAGCAGAAUGUGCCAGACAGACUAGCUAGCAGAAUGUACCAGACAGACUAGCUAGCAGAAUGUGCCAGACAGACUAGCUA